GGAGAGCAAUAGAGACGAGGCCAGAGCUAGAAGGGCUGGAGCGGAGGCAAAUCAGGAGAUCGGUAGCUUGAGUGGCUAGAGAGGUCGGAGGUAAGUGGCUGUAGAAAUCGGGCGGACCCGGAACACAGACGCCUCGGGACCAUGACUUACGCUUAUCUCUUCAAGUACAUCAUCAUCGGAGACACAGGUGUUGGGAAGUCAUGUCUCCUCCUCCAGUUCACCGACAAGAGGUUCCAGCCUGUGCACGACCUUACAAUAGGUGUGGAGUUUGGAGCACGUAUGGUCAACAUUGAUGGAAAACAAAUCAAACUACAAAUCUGGGAUACGGCUGGGCAAGAGUCCUUCCGUUCUAUCACCCGUUCCUACUACAGGGGAGCAGCUGGAGCACUACUGGUGUAUGACAUCACAAGACGUGAAACCUUCAACCACCUGACCUCGUGGUUAGAAGAUGCACGCCAGCACUCAAGCUCGAACAUGGUGAUAAUGCUGAUUGGGAAUAAGAGUGAUCUGGAAUCCCGAAGGGAUGUGAAAAGAGAGGAAGGAGAGGCCUUUGCUCGGGAGCACGGCCUUAUAUUCAUGGAAACAUCAGCCAAGACAGCCUGCAAUGUUGAAGAGGCCUUCAUUAAUACAGCCAAAGAAAUAUAUAGGAAGAUCCAGCAGGGUUUAUUUGAUGUCCAUAAUGAGGCAAAUGGCAUCAAGAUUGGGCCCCAACAGUCAAUUGCAACAACAUCAACAGGAACAGGUUCCUCUCAGCGAAGCUCUUUUGAUGCAGGGUCUGACUCUGGCUGCUGCUGAACAUCUGGCCUGAACUCUCCCCCUGUCCUCUCCUGGAAAUGCUUCAGAUCAAUCAGCUUAAAGAAAGAGGUCUUACUUGCUUGGCUGAGAGCAGCCUUUUUUCAGUGUGCAAUGCUUAACCCUUCCACUUAAACACCAGGAGAAAAUUGGGCCCUUUUCUGACCUGUCCUCCUUUAGGGACAUGAGCAUUCCAUAUAGAUUAGGGCUCUUUUCAUCCUCAGAUUUCUAAAAUGUAGGAUCAAAACUGAAUGUCACAGUAGAUAAAAAAUAAACAACUUACUAAGUAUCUCCACCUGUUUGCUAGGUGAUAUGGCACAUACCUAUAAUUCCAGCACUCAGAAGGGUUGGCAGGAACUUGGAAGUCAGGCUGGGCUACAUAAGUAUCACUAGGCCAUCUGUCUCAAAAAGCCAAAAAGAAAAGAGAGAGAAAGGAAUAAAAUACAAUCUGUUUCUCACCUAAUUUUUAGUAACUGGGGUGAAGGAUAUUCUGAUUGAACAUUUAGGAUUAAGACUCUAGAUAGCCAUUGGAUGAUACAUCUAUACAUUGCUAGUUUCUUUUUAUUUAUUGUGUUUGUGCACAGCCUUAAGCAUCAUUCCUCAGAAGCCCAGCCUCAGGACAGCAUCUUUUACGGUGACCUAGAGCAUCAUGCUUAAGCUAGGCUAUCUGGCUGGUACUAGAACUGUAGCCACAUACCUUAAUUGCUUAUUUUGUUUAGGGAUCAGUUCUAGCAUUACAGUUUCUUUCACCAAAUUGAUCUCUACUGUUUUAUCAUUCUUUCUCUCACCUCUUUCUUUUUGUUUUGCCUGUGUGUGUGUGUGCACACAUGUGUGCGUGCUGGAGAUGAAAUACAGGUUCUUAAACAUGGUAGGUAAAUGCUGUGCUACUGAGCUGUACCCUCAGGAGCCUUCUCUUUUACCUUUUGUUUUGAGGCAACUUGUCUAGGCUAGCCUUGAACUUGCAGGCCUUAAACUUGGGAUUCUGAUGCUUCAGACUCCCAGGUAGAUGGGCAUACUCCCUAACCAGAUGGGUUAGACUUUUAUUCUAAUCAAGCUUAUUGGCUUACUAAAUAUAAUAUGUUUACUCCAACUUCUGUACCUUUGCACAUGUUCUACCCUCUUCUAACAUUAUAGUGACUUUUUUUUUUAAAGGAAAUCCUCAUUGACUGACCUACGGAGUUCUAAGCAAUUAUUAACACAGUAUCUUAGCAUUCCUAUGUUAUUCAUAUGUAUAUUUAUUUGUAUAUGUUUUACUUUGUAAAUAUGUUUUGUAAUGCUUUUUUUGGGGGGGGUGUCUAUCUCAUACAGGUUGUGAGUUUGGUCAUUUCUAUCCCAUCAUCCUUUACUCAGCUAUGUGCAAGUCAUGAUCUUAAACAUGAAUGGCAUACUUUAAAAUGUAAGGCUGUAGACUUUAGAAGAAACAAAAGGCCUUAUCAGUUAUCUCUUUGUAAUUGUACUGCACUUUUUCCCAUCUCCUUACCCUGGGUUUUCUAGUGCUCUUCUACCCUGCCUCACUGUAACUUACUGUCUCCAUUCUAUGCAGCAUUCAAUAAGAAUACCUGCCACCAAGACUCAGAUAAGUAGAUACUUCUUCACCUGCUCCUUAGAAUAUAUACUACUUCUUUAGCCCAGUUUGCCUUGCUCCACUCAUUACACCGCCUUCUGGGACAGUUGCUGUCUUUUUUACUUGCUCGUUUUCCUUCACAGCACUGAGGUCUCACCAAAUUUCUAAUUUUUAAUGUCAAUGACUGUUUUCCUAUUAAAUAUAUGCAUGAUCCAA